AUGGACGUACCUCGAGUGGUACGGACUCAUAUAUCUUCUUCUGAGCUAGAUCCCCCUCAAGACCUUGUAGAUGCCGUUAAUAAUGGUCAUGUAGGAUUACUGGAAAUAGUAAAAGCUUUGGGAGAAUAUCUGACUUCUACAGAGGACGAUGUACGGUUGAAAGGUUUGACGUUCUUGUCAAAUACGUUGAAAGCAGUUAAUCCAGCUAAAAUAAAUAGACAAGCUACUCAAACACUAACCAAUUUCUACUUGUCCAAACUUGAUGAUUUCGAUUCACUUCCUCCUGCUUUGGGUGGUUUAACUGUAUUAUCGAAAUUAUCUACCUUUGACGAUGACGCCGCUGUAGAGGUAUACAAAGGACUGGUGGAGAAUGUGAAUAUGAAGUCAUAUAUGCAAGCGACGAGACAUUUAGUAUAUGUUUUAUUCGAUAGUUUAUUGGCAACUCAUAGAAAUGCUUUAAAGGCAAUGGGAACAGCUUUUAUAAACAGUUAUACUAAAAUGGUUGAUGGAGAGAAAGAUCCAAGAAAUCUGAUGCUCUUGUUCUCCAUCGAUAGAGUCAUCUUAUUAGAAUUUGAUGUAAAGGAUCGCAUAGAGGACUUCUUCGAUAUAACAUUUUGUUAUUUCCCAAUAACGUUUCGACCACCUCCCAAUGAUCCGUAUGGAAUAACGGCGGAUGAUCUGAAGCUGGCCCUAAGAAAUUGUAUGGCUUCUUCUUCGCAUUUCGCAAGAAUGGCUCUACCUUUAUUCUUGGAGAAAUUCUCUACUCUUACUGGACCAAGUAUGAAAGAUCUGCAGUUGACAAUCGCAGCCUGCUUACCUGUAUAUGGGCCUGAAGCAGUCAGAGAAAGGGGGGGUGAGUUGUGGGAAGGUAUCAAAACAGAGAUUCUUUAUUCCUCGGAUACAGCGAUUGAGGCAGCAGCUUUAUCCGCCCUGGAAGCGCUGAUACGUACGCUAUACCCAACAAAUCAAGAUGCUCCUUCAGGUUUAGCACAAGAUUUCAUCAAAGAAUGCUUGGAAAUCCUAAAUGAGCCAGAGAAAAGUCAAGCAGUAGCAGCAACGAAAAUACUAGCAGCCAUAUUCCGUGCUUCUCCUUCAGCUGGUAAAUUUGCUUUAUCGCAAACUUUCCCUCAACUUUUCCGACAAUUCAACUCCCCUUCUCUGCCAUCACAUCGAGCACCCAUCCUCUCCACCAUUUCAUCCCUCCUCGUUGCAGUUCAAUCAGUCUACUCCUCACCGUCGAGCCAAAGGUCACAAAGUCAAGAAAAAGCUUUGGACCCUUACCGGGACGGGAUAUUAGAUGUACUCCGAGAAGGUCUGAGGACUAGCGGAUUGAGAGAACCUUCCAUCAAGGGAUGUACUGCCUGUGUGCAAAUACCUGGAUUUUGGUCGAAAGAAGAUGUAGAGGAUGUUGUUAGAGGCUUAGAUGAUGUUUUAGUGAAUGAUUCCGAGCCUGAGAUAAGGCCAGAAGUGAUCAGAUCUCUUACGACUAUAUCAACCCUACAACCUACAAUCAUCGAGUCACUCACUUUACCAUUACUUUUCCAUAACCUACCAGAUUCAGCCCCUUCAGCAUCAGACCAUACAGCAAGAGAGAAAUAUCGAUCAAUACUCUCAUCACUGGAAGAAUUAUGUGUUCAACCAGCUUUAUUCCAAACUUUGGUGAUUAGAAUAACAACGAAACUUGAUUUACUGUCAUCGUCCAGAAAUUCGGGCGCCCAUGGAGGGGAAGAAGAAAUGGGUGAAUUCGACUUGAGGGAAUGUAAUAUAGCAUACGCUUGGGAUCUCUUGCAUACUCUUCAGGGAGUGAUAGAAAAGAAGAUUCAGGAAAAACAUACAGACCUAGCAAGAUAUUUCGAUCAAAUCAUACCUAGAUUAUGGACUUUAUUAAUCUCAGCUGCAUUACCGAAAAUAGGUGACGAGAAACCCCUCUUCAGAGAUAGGAGAUUAAUUGGAUUAGUGGCUAAACUAGGUGAAGGUCUGAUCUGGGAAUUGAAUCCUGAGCGUCAAGGUAAAUGGAUAACGGCAGUAUAUCAGGCUUUCGAAAAGGGAGACUGGACAGGUGUAGUUCAUGAUCGAUCUCAAAUAGGAUCAGGUGGUUCACCAUUGAGAAAUGGAGCUUCAUCAUCGGAACAGGACUUGAUAGCUCUUUACGCCGGUACUGUACAGGGGUUGAAAGGGGACACUUCCUUGCCGUUCACUUCUGCUGCGGAGUUCUUGAGUUCCAAGGUACACUGGACAAUCAAUGUAGCUAGAGAUGGGUGGCAAGUCAAGGGGGCUCUAGACCUAAUUUGUUCUCUUGUGAACAAGCGGGAAACAGAAUUGAAAGACUCGCUAGAAACUAUAGUGGACAGUGUAUGGUCAGUCGAGAUACAGGAUACUUCCAAGGAUGUAGAAAUAAGACACAGGGGUCUAUCGGUGUACUUAAAUAUCGUCAAAGCUUUAUCUCUUCUCCGUUUACCAUUAGCGUACUCUGCAUUGGAAAAAGUCAUUGACAUAUUGAGUCUUUCAAAUCUUGAUCCGGAAUUUGUACCGCACGCAGCAGCCGGCUUUGGAAUAUUAGCUCAAGGUAAAGGCAAAGGACAUCUGACUUCGAAGUUAUUGUACGCGCAAAAAUUGUGGAAUUACGUAUUGCCGAAAUUAAUAGAUGGUGACAAAGAGGCUUCUGGUAAAGGUCGAUUGGUUUAUUUGGUAGCUUUUGCAAGUCUUUUACCACUCGUUCCAGCUUCUUUGUGCCUUGCAGACUUGAACACUAUUCUACCUUUGAUAUUACGUUCAUUGUCCCUUCCUGAUCCUCAACAACGUAUCAACGCGAUAACAACUCUAGUCUCGAUACUUGAAACCGCGACUGAUUCGAAAGAAGUCGAUAAAGCUAUACAUGGCAAUGCCGAAGUGAUGGUUGAUUCUUUACUGAAAAGUGCGGUCAGGCAAGAUAGCCUACCUACCUCAGGCAAAGCACGUUCAAUAGCUCUAUCAUGUCUCUCCUUGUUCCCCGAUGUAAUAAGAUUCGAAUCUUUACACAAUUAUAAAAGUAUAGUCGUUAGAGAAUUGGGUAAAACGCUAGAUGAUCCAUUAAGAAACGUGCGGAAAGAAGCGGUUGAAUGUAGAGCCAAAUGGUACAAGUAUGGGAAUGCCACGUAG